AUGCAUUCAAACAACAGCUGCACAAUUGAUGUCGAGAGAGUCUUUGGGCCUUCCGUCUCCUCGACAUGUCUAGGCGGCUUCGACUUCACCUUGGUUUUUGAGGAGACGAUUCUUACGAUUCUGCCGCUGAGCCUAACCUGCGAGUCCCUAGUCACGUACGGGACGUAUAUUGUAUUGCAGAUUCUUCUCCUGGCACUUUGGGCGCAACCUCAUGCCCCCAAGACGGUGUCAACUCUCGCAGCGCUCUCAGUCACCCUCGUCACCUCCCUCUUCUUCCUGUACCUCUCCUACCUGGAGCACACGCGAUCGGUGCGGCCGUCGACUCUCCUGACUCUGUACCUGGGCCUGUCCACCCUUCUUGAUCUUGCUCGUGUUCGGACUCUAUUCUACCUGCAAUCGGCUAAUCACCUGGCGGCUGUUUUCCUCGCUGGAUUUUGCGUCAAGGUCGUCAUGUUCGCUCUGGAACUGUACGAGAAGCGCCGUUUGCUUCGUCCCAAAUGGCAGGAUUCCGCGCCCGAAGCUACGAGCAGCACAUACAGCAGAGCUCUCUUCAUCUGGCUCAACAGUCUCAUGGUCAAAGGUUUCCGCUCCUCCCUGACUGUUGACACCUUGACACCCAUAGAUGGCGACCUCCUCAAGGCGUCGGAGCCAUCAUCGCUCCUGGAGAGGUGGAAUCGAGCGGAUCAAACAAAUAAACACGCAUUGCUAUGGACUUUUAUCAUGCAUUACAAAUGGCAGAUACUAGCUGCAGUGCCUGCCCGACUUGCCCAUGCAGCAUUCACCCUAUCCCAGCCAUUCCUCGUACAAAGAGUGCUCGACUAUACUAACAAGCCCCCAACGGAAUCCGACAAAAAUACAGGCUACGGCUUAAUCGCCGCUUAUGCCCUCGCCUAUAUUGGAAUUGCCGUAGCGUACGCAGUCUACGAGCUCAAGGUAUAUCGCGCCAUCACUCUCUUCCGCGGUAGCCUCGUCUCUGUAAUUUUCGACAAGACUCUUCGAGUCAGCUCUCAUGCUGCUUCCGACGCCGAAGCAAUGACUUUGAUGAGUGCAGACAUUGACCGCAUCGGAGAAAGCAUGGAAGACGUACACGAACUCUAUGCCGGUCCACUGGAGCUGGGCCUGGCCCUGUGGCUUCUGUACAGGUUUCUUGGUGUGGCAAUGUCAGCCUCGACCGCUUUCGUCAUCGUUUGCCUCGUUGGCAGCUUGCGGGUUGCAACUGUUGCUGGUAAUGCCCAAGUUCCAUGGCUUGAGGCUAUCGAAACUCGCUUGGAAGCAACUUCUGGUGCCCUUGGUGCAUUGAAAGGCAUUAGAAUGACCGGCGUCAGCGGUGCCAUUUCCAACGUAAUUACCCGCCUUCGUCAGGACGAAAUUCGGUCCUCUCUUCGCUACCGUCUUUGGAACAUCUUCUUGAACGCUGGUUUUUAUGUGUCGUCCACGUUUGCUCCUGUUUGGGGUUUUGGCGUCUUUAUUCUUCUCGCCAGAUCAAGAAACACACAGACGCUUACAGAACAGAUUAUUUUUCCUGCCCUGACUCUGUACGAGCUCUCAGAUCAACCCACUGUCAACAUUCCUGAUGCGCUUGAACAUGCGCAGACAAUUCUCAACUGUUUUGAACGUAUUCAAGACUACCUUGUUUCAGAUGAGCAAGGUGACUCAAACACCGAUUCGGAACAAGCCGAAGCAAAGGUCUCUGGAAGCAAUGAGGAGGACGAGUCAAGUACUACUUCGUCCCAGGAGAAGCAUGCGGUUGUCAAGGAGAAUGUGAAAGCAGAAGUCUUGCAAAAGAAUGACCUGCCAAGCACUGACACAAUAUUCACUGCACGCAAUGUCACAGCCGGAUACUCUUCUGAGAAGGAGCCUGUGCUCAAAGCUCUCACCUUUGACGUGACCAAGUCCAGGACCACCAUGGUCAUUGGACCCGUGGGUUGUGGCAAGUCUACGCUUCUGAGACUUCUCCUUGGCGAAGUGCCCGAGGUAGGAGGCUUCCUCGAUAGGCGAUUUCCAAGCUCCGCAUAUUGUCCUCAGACCUCCUGGAUAUUCCGAGGCACGAUCCGCGACAACAUUGUUGGCUUGUCCACGUGGGAUGAGCCUCGCUACAAGAGUGUCGUGCAAGCGUGCUGUCUCUCGGCCGAUUUUGACAUUCUCCCCAAUGGCGACCGCACCGAAGUAGGUACGCGUGGCUCGCACCUGAGUGGUGGUCAGCAAAUGCGUGUAACCCUUGCGCGAGCUCUCUUCUCAGGUGAGGACGUCAUCAUUCUGGAUGACGUAUUGGCCGGAGUCGACCGUAUUACCGAGUCCAGCAUUCUUGAUGCUGUGUUUGGCCGUGACGGACUGCUCCGACAGUGGAAUUCUACAGCCAUCUUGGCAACAAGCUCAGUCCGUCACUUACGCUACUCGGACUUUGUUAUUGUCCUCGACCGUCACGGCAACAUUACUCAGCAGUGUACACCGGAGGAGCUGUCUGAUAUCAAGCUUGACCUGGAGAGCUCGGAAGACGAUGACUUGGCCGACGGCGAGCCGGAGCUGGACCUCGAACUCCCAGAUGAAAUCUUGGAGCACAUGGCCGCCGCUGAAGUAGAGGACAUCGAUGGUGGUCGCCGUGUUGGCGACUUGAAAAUCUAUGCCUACUUCAUUAGUGUUGCUGGUUGGUGGUACAUGGUGCUCUAUGUCAUUCUUUAUUCUGCGUUUGUCUUUGGUCUUAGAUUCCCAUCAAUUUGGCUACAGUGGUGGGCUAAUGCCAACGAGAGCCAUCCUAAUGAGCGUAUCGGGUACUGGCUUGGUGUCUAUGCCACAAUUGCAGCCACGGCGUUCUUGGGCAGUGUUGCGUCCGACUCCGUCUUCCAGUUGAAAAUUGUGCCCAAGAUGAUGGUUGAAUUCCACCGUCGUCUGCUUACUACCACUAUGAAUGCCACAACGAGGUUCAUCACUUCGAAAGAUACCGGAGCGAUCCUUAAUCGCUUCAGUCAGGAUCUCAACCUGAUUGACAGCGAGCUACCCAGUGCGUUGGACAAGACCGUCAUUGCCAUUUUGUCUGCAUUCUUUUCCGCAGUUUUGGUAUUCAUCGGCUCUAGCUAUGUCGGUGCGGCCAUUCCGCUCUGCAUUGGCGCCCUGUACAUCAUUCAGCUGUACUAUCUCCGCACUUCCCGUCAGCUUCGACUCUUGGAUAUUGAAUCCAAGGCACCGCUGUUUUCGCUGUUUGUGGAAAGCAUCGAGGGCCUCGCUAGCAUCCGUGCCUACAACUGGUCGCACCACUACAUGCAGCGCAGCAUCGACAUUCUCAACUCGUCGCAGAAGCCAUACUACCUGAUGUGGUGCAUCCAGCGGUGGCUCACCUUGGUGCUGAAUCUAGUUGUUGCUGCGGUCGCCGUACUGCUUGUCGGCCUCGCAACCAAUAUUCGCGGCGGCUCGACUGGCUUUCUUGGUGUCGCGCUGUUCAACAUUGUCUCGUUUAGUCAGACACUCCAGCUGGUCGUCACGGAAUGGACACAUCUGGAGACGGCCAUUGGAGCCGUCAGUCGUGUUCGUUCAUUUGUGCUCGGAACCGAACGAGAGGAUGCCAUUGGUGAGACGGAGGAUCUGCCCAGCGACUGGCCCAAAAGCGGAUCAAUCACGUUCGCAAACGUAUCUGCCUCGUACGAGGCAAGCCUGGGACCUGUUCUGCAAAAUAUCAACCUCGAGAUUGAGAGCGGUGAGAAAAUUGCUAUCUGUGGCCGAACUGGCAGUGGCAAAUCUUCUUGUGUCUCUUGUCUUUUCCGCAUGCUCGACCCAGGUACUGGCUCGAUCUUGAUCGAUGGAGUUGACAUUGCCAAGGCACCGAGAGGCGAGUUGCGCAUACGACUGAACACAGUCCCGCAGCAGCCAUUCUUCCUAUAUGGCAGUGUGCGAGAAAAUAUUGACCCACUCGGUAAGGCGACCGAUGAGCGUCUCAUCGAGGUCCUAAAGACCGUCCAGCUAUGGGAAAUUUUUGAGGAGCACGGCGGACUCGACUCGGAUAUGGACUCGGAUCUGCUGUCCCAUGGGCAGCGACAACUCUUUUGCCUGGGACGUGCCAUGGUUCGCAGUGGUCGCAUCCUGGUUCUGGAUGAGUUUUCAAGCAGCGUUGACGCCGACACGGACGACAUGAUGCACCGCAUCAUCCACGACGAGUUUGUAGGACAGACUGUGAUUGCGAUUGCGCACAAGCUGGACGCUAUUCUCGACUUUGACCGCAUCGUGUUCCUGGACAAGGGAAUGAUUGCCGAGAUUGGCGCUCCUCGAGAACUUUUGGCUACUGAAGGGUCGCUUUUCCGAGCCCAAUAUGAAAGUACUGCCAAUUAG